GGUGUGCUCAGGAGGUCAUGGUCCAGCUGCCUUAAAGUGCCGUUACUCACAACUGGGUACAACAAUGGCGGGGGGAGACGAGUCUGUGGAGCUGACACUAGUCGAUGCCCUGGAGGGGGUCGCUGACUCAGAGGGAGGUGGGAAACGUCUACCAGAUGUGGUAGUAGAGACCAAGAUACUUCCUGGGAAUGGCAUUGCCCAUGACAGUCCCAUCCUAUUGCAAGAUCCACCAAAUGAAGAAUCAUACUUUAGCAUUGCAAUCCAGGUUUUCAUUCCCUUCCUCAUAGCAGGUUUUGGUAUGGUUGGGGCUGGUUUAGUUCUUGAUGUUGUCCAGCACUGGGUUGUGUUUGAGGAAAUAACAGAGAUAGUUAUUUUAGUCCCAGCUCUACUAGGACUUAAAGGGAAUUUAGAAAUGACUUUGGCAUCACGCCUUUCAACUCAGGCUAACUUGGGUCAUAUGGACACACCGCGGCAGCAAUGGAGUAUGAUUGUAUCAAACCUCACCCUCAUCCAGUGCCAGGCUACAGUUGUGGGUUUCCUUGGAUCUGUUAUGGCAAUAGUAAUGGGUGCACUUAAAUCACACUCAGUGGAGCUGGACCAUGCGCUCCUGUUGUGCGCCUCAAGUCUUGUUACCGCAUCUGUUGCCAGCUUUGUACUAGGUCUAAUAACUGCUGCAGUUAUAGUUUUGUCAAGACAUUGCAACAUAAAUCCAGAUAACGUAGCAACACCUAUUGCAGCAAGUCUUGGAGACAUAACUUCUUUGUCUCUUCUUUCCUAUGUUUCAACAGAAUUGUAUUACUGUAUUGGAAAACAAGAUUGGGCAGCUCCCAUGAUUAUUAUGGGAUAUGUAACACUUGUACCCCUAUGGGUUUACAUUGCCCAGAAAAAUAAACAAACCCGUGAAGUCCUUUACACUGGCUGGACACCAGUUGUUUUGGCAAUGAUGAUAAGCAGCGUUGGAGGCCUCAUCUUGGAUUUCAUGGUUUCAAGAUUUGAGGGUAUUGCAGUGUUCCAGCCUGUUAUCAAUGGAGUGGGCGGUAACCUAGUUGCUGUUCAAGCCAGCAGAAUCUCAACAUCUUUACAUCGACAUGGUCCUGUGGGAGACUUGGAUGACAAUCGUGAUCCUAUUUUUAUUACUCCAAUGACAGGAUUCUUGGGAAAAGCUAGCAAUCAAGGAGAAAGAAAACCGAAAGGUGCUCAUGCAAGAACUACUCGUGUGCUAAUGAGCAUGGUUGUUCCUGGUCACAUCAUCUUUAUUUAUACCAUCAAUUAUAUGAAAGCAGGAUCUACAUCUCUAACACCCAUGUUUGUUUCUAUUUACUUGUUUAUGGCUGUGCUGCAGGUGGCUGUCUUACUGUACAUGGCAUACAUUUUAAUCCAUUGGAUGUGGAAGAGAGGCAUUGAUCCUGAUAACUCUGCAAUUCCAUACCUCACUUCAAUGGGUGACCUCCUUGGAAUCAGCUUGCUGGCAGCUGCUUUUCAAUUUCUUUACAUGGUUGGAGAUCGAGACUUAGAUGUUGGUGACUAGGUCAAUAUCGUAGAUCAUGGUACAAGAAGAAAUGAAAAUUAAAUCAAGAUUUAGCUGCUUAUUGCUGCAAUUUAGGAAUGGCUGUGGAAGAGCAUAACUUUGUCAAUUCAUUUUGUGUAGAGGCAACCAAGACCAAGACUGACAUAUGGUUGGUAUAUUUGGCACAUGGCCAAGCAUAUGGCAGUCUUCAAUUAAAGUUUGAAUUGUGAAGGCUCAAAUGUGGUACAAGAUGAAGGGCAUGAUCCUUAGUUUGACUCUGACUCACUAGUAUCAAUUUUAGAGAGAUUUUAUGGAAAUGAUUAGUGUAUCAAUUUAUUCCUGGUUUUAAAAAUAAUUCUUCUUUAGGGCCUGCUCCUUCAUUUCGGAAUUAACAUCAAUUUCCAUUAUGUACCAAAGAAGUGCCAAAAAGUAGAUAUAAGCAGAGGUUGUGAGUGCAGAGCAGGGCAGCAGCAGGUCUGCUGCCAGCUUAUGGUUUACCGAAAACUUCCAGCCGUCUUCAGGUAUGGUUAGCUUGUUUGAGUUCAUAAUCUUAGAAACAUGUCCCUUAGAUCAAUUGACGAUAAAACAGUCUGUAAUUUGAAUUAGAAGCUUACUGCUUUAACUGAGAGACCCUCUGGUGUAACCAAAUCACUCUUGCUUUUCCCUCAUUCUUUUGUUGUAGUUCUGUAUGUGGGAAAUUUCAAGUAACAUGUUACAUGUUUAAGGCGUUUCAGUCUUAUAGAGUAGCCAAGCCGCAUUAUUUUGGUGUCCGAAAUCACUAUUAGCGUUGACUGCCUUUGUAAUUUUGGUGUGUUAAAUGCAGUGAAAUUAAUUCUUUUUGACUAUUCACACAAGUAUGUGAGUACAUGGAUAACAUUUGUAUGAUGAAAUGAUGUUUGUGGACUGGAUGUGUGAAUGCGUCUGUGAGUAUCAAAAGAAGCGUACUUUGUAUGUUUUAACAGUUAUAUUGUGUGCCUUCGUAAAUAAGGUUGCUUCUAAAAGUCCAAUUUUAAUGACUUUUAGAUGUAGUAAAUGAGCCAAGCAGAAAGGCCUCCAAGAAUUAUCUUUCAGCCAUGACAUAUAAUAGAGAUAAGAUGCGAAUGAUUUUCCUCUAGAGUCAUUUGUCGUGAUGAUGAUGUGAUUGAUAGUAAUUGUCAUCCUGGUUCCUAAUUCUAAUUAACUUGAAUGAAUAAUUUAUUUUUUUCUUUAUUGGUAGUGCAUCAGAAUGAUAAAUGUGUAUCUUGUCCUAUUUUCUCUCCAUGUUUGUGUAAAGUGUCCUCUUUUCUUCUUGGUGUGAAAGUUUUCCAUAACAGCAUGCGAUUUAGUAUGAAGAAUCUUAAUGGAGCCGUCUUUGUAGUUAACAUGGUGGUUAAUUUUCUAUUAAAAUGCAUAUGAAUUUUUUUA